CACUUCUCCGGCAUCAGGAUGGAGCAGCGCCGCAGCGCGGGCAGCGGCGGGCAGGCAGCGCCGCGUAGCGCCGCGGUGCGGGGCUGCAGGCAGCGGCCAGGGCUCUGGGCGCUGCUGCCCGCCGUCUGCCUGGCGCUGGCCCUGCCAGGCCGCGCUUGGGCGCUGCCGACGCCGCCGGCCCCCCGGCACCGCCUCGCCGAUGAGCUGAUCCGCUCCCGGGAGCUGCUGGCGGCAGCCAACGCCUCUCUCCACCGCGUGAAGGAUCUCGGCACCCUGGGAUUUGAAUGUACCCUUGAAGAAGUUGAUCUUGAGGAUAUCACUAAGAAUCAAAUGAAUACAAUAACAGCCUGCACAUCUGAGGAUCCAGAGACUGGAAACUGUCCAGUGCUGGAAAGAUCUACUUUUGAUAUGAGUAAAUGCCUGCAGGGCAUCCAUAAGGAUCUGAAUGCCUACAGGGCAGAGCUGAAGAACUUCAAUGAUCAGGAGGUGCUGGCAACUAUUGAUGAAAUGAUGAAAGCCCUGAAGACCAGUAGCGGGAGUGCACCGCAGCCAUUAGCAGGCACAGGGCUCACUUCCUUCAAAGGGAGGAUGAGGCUGUGCAGCAUCCUUCAUGCCUUCCAAAUCCGCACGAUCACCAUUGACAGGAUGAUAAACUACCUGACCUCUCUGGAGAGCGUGCUGUAAGUGCCCAGCCCUCCAGCACUCUGGGUAGAAAUUUGACCUAAGGAUGCUUUGGAGAAGAAAUUGUAGGCUCAAUACCCUGAGAGGCAGAUGGGGACUUUUAAGGAAUCUAGCGCAUAAUUUUUCUGUUUCUUAUAAAUCAUGUUUUAAUGAGGUGUUGUGAGUGCCUUUUAAGCUAUCAUGUUAAACCUCUGGAUUUCUAGAAUAUAAGCUACAUUGUGGUACCAAAAUGUUCUCAAAUCACCAAACACUCAACUAGAAUUUCUCUUAUUUAUUCAGCUGCGAUUUUCAGAAAUUGAAACAUAUUUAUAAUAAUCAAUUUAUUUAUUAUAUUCUUUAUUUAUUGCCUAAUA